AUGAAAUAUAAACACUGCGAAUUUAACAUUCCUAAGGUUACUUUGUCCGCGGAUCCUAUAACAAGUCCAGAUGAUUAUGUUGUUGCAGCCAUUUAUACUAACCGUGGUGCUUUAGCUUUUAUUAAAGUCGGACAAGAGUUUUGGACAUACAUACAAGAAAACCACCCUUGUGGUUUCGUUGAUCUUACAUUCUACAAGGGUUUGGUUUACACCGUAAGUCGUUGGAAAAAAAUUGUCUCUUUUGAACUUUGUUAUUCAAGUGAUCCUCACGAUCCUUAUGGUAGGGAAAGAAGAAAUCCAAAUGUUGUUUUAGAAAGAAGUGAAGAUGAAAUUUAUUCUCCUCUAACUUAUCUAGUGAAAUCUUUGGAGGGAGAGUUGUGGAUGGUAAGAAGGUUUAUAACUAGAGAGGAAGAUAGUACAAAUAAAGGUACUAAAGAUUUCCAUGUAUUUAAAUUGAAAUUAGACCACAAAGGUGAGAACCUUAUUCACUUGUUGAAACUUGAGAGUUUGGGUGAUAAUGUUUUAUUUCUUGGUGAUGGUGAUUCAACAUCUAUAUCAGCUUCAUAUUUUUCAAAUUCUCUACAAAAAAAUUCAAUCUAUUACUCUGAUAAUUAUUUUGACGAUGAGCCUAAUUCUUAUCCUCAAGGUCCUUUUGAUUUAGGAUUCUAUAAUGUUAAACAUGCAAGUUUCGGUCUUCAUUGUCCUUACAAAUCUUACUUCAAGAAUAUGGCACCUCCUAUAUGGAUUGCGCCUUAUUUUUAG